AUGCAGUCUUUCAAGCUUCCGCUGCCUAAUGGCGCCACAGUCGCUGGAAUCCACAAUAUUCCCCCGGUUGCUUCAUCUCCCCACUACCGUCCGCUGAUCGUCGGUCUUCACGGCGGCAGCUACGAUUGUCAUUACUUCGAUGCGAAUGAAGAGUACACCGCCGCUAAACAGAGCACCGCACUCGGCGUCCCCUUCGUCGCCAUCGACCGUCCCUGCUACGGCGGAACGACCUCAUUCCUCCCUGUCCCGGAGGACACCGACUUCACGAGUGAAACCGGCCGCUGGCUCCAUGAGCAUAUCCUUCCAGCUCUGUGGACUGAGUUCGGCGUGUCGAAUAGCUGCAACUGCAUCGUCGUCUUAGCGCACAGCCUCGGCGUAAUGGGCGCAACGUUCGCGGCUGCCUUGCACGCCCAGGAUAAAACCCCCGCAUAUCCGUUAGGAGGCAUCAUCGCCUCUGGCCUAGGAGAUCAGUUCCUUUCUGGUGGCGAGGAAGCCCCAAUCCGCAAACCAGACGUGCCACCCUAUCACACCCUGUUCCCGCUCGACGUCAAAGACCAAAUGAUGUUCCGUCCUGGGACCGUCGACCCAGAGAUUCUAGCAUGCAGCGAGAGUCUGAAUGUCCCGAGUCCCCUUGCGGAUGCGGAGUCUCUUAGCAGUGUCUGGGCUCCUAAAUGGCGAGAAUGGGCGUCGCAUAUAACAGCCCCAGUGAAGUUUGCUCUCAUGGAGCAGGAUUGCUUCUUCGUUGGGACGGAAGAGCAUGUUAGGAGCUGUGUCGGGGCGUUUGUGAAGAGCUCCAGGGUCGAUGGGAGUUUUGUUAGGGGAGCGCCGCAUUGUUUGGAGCUGAGCUAUUGGGCGCCGGGGUGGUAUGCGAGUUGUUUUGGGUUUGCGUUGGAGUGCGCUGCUUCUUUUGCUGUGCGUACCUAG